CCCCCUCUCCCCUCAUUGCCUGUGCAACUGAAUCAAUAAAGUCCCAAACACAGCAGGAAAGCAGGGCUAGGAACACUCCAGGGUUAGCCACAGAGAGGGCGAGAGAUAGAGAGAGCAAGAGAGAGAGAGAGAGAGAGAGAGAGUGAGAGAGAGAGCGGAAGAGCGGAAGAGCAGUAGAGGACCAGGGAGCUACACCAGCAGACUCAGACGCGACCCCCAGCCCACCCGCCCGACACAGACGUGCCCAUGGCCUCCAACUUGGAGCUGCCCUUCCGGGAGGACCGCCAGCUGACGGAGGUGAUGCGCCUGCGGGUGCAGUCGCUGCAGCAGCGUGGCCAGAAGCGGCAGGACGGCGAGCGGCUCCUGCAGCCCAACGAGAUCGUGUACCGCCUGGACUUCUCCCAGCAGAGCCUGCGCUUCAGCGGCUGGAACAUCCGCCUCUCCGCCCCCGGGAAGCUCACCAUCAUCGGCACCUCGCAGCACUGGACCCCGGACCUCACCCACCUGAUGACCCGCCAGCUGCUCGAGCCCGCCGGCCUGUUCUGGAGGAGCCCCGAGGAUGACCAGGACGCCCCAGUCAAGUGCUUCGAAGCGGACACCCAGGAGUUUGGCGAGAGGAUAGCCGAGCUCGCCAAGAUCAGAAAGGUGAUGUUCUUCCUGUUCGCCUUUGACGACGGUAUGAACAAGGACAACAUCGACUGCUCCAUAGCCUUCAAAGUGGCCCAGAAGAACUAGACUCAUUCUGCUGAAGCAUUUGCAAGAUUACCCCCAACAAGGUUAGACUGGUCUGCACUCUGCUCCUGUGAUUGAGUUUGUUUCUUUCUUUGCCUUCCAAAACCUUUCUACCCGAAUGUCUACAGCAGACAGUAGAAGUCUUCUAACUAAAUGCACCAACUUAAUACUGUGCUUUUGCCUGCCUGUACAGUGGUCACUGUCCAACAUGUGCACAAAUAGUGAGCCUAUCUACAAUAUUUAGUCAUGCUUUGUUGUAAAAGUGAAUGGGCACUUGUGUUGGUUAAAAAAAUGCACAACAGAGAAGUUAUAUUAUAAGCAACACUAGUUUCUCAAAAACAUACCCAGCAAUUAUUCUGAAAAGCAUGUCAAUUUGGGGGUCUUUUCUGCACAAAACUGCUGUUUUUCUUUCUUACGGGUUUUGGUUUGCAUAAAAGUAUUUUCCCUCAAAUGUGACUGACGCUAGUAGAUGAGUUAAUGUGUAAAGAGCAUAUACACUACUGUCUAGAUAAAAAUUAUUUUAAAAUCAUAUUAAUGGUAUAAUACUUUGUAAGAAAUAUCUAUAUGACAUUCUACAGAUAUAUGGUCAUCUAGUGUUAAGCAUCAUCUCAUCCUUCAUUGACUAUGUAGUGAAUUAAGCUUAUUAGAAUUAAGCUCUCACGACUACUGGAAUUGUUGCACGCACUGAAUCAUUGCACGGUCUAUAAGGUGAUGAUACCCAGCAGCAGCCAUUAAAAUCUCUCUUCUUCAGUCAUCCUCUCCCUGGCUGUCUUUCUGUCCUUGGUUCGGAAUGAAUUCAAAGCCACUGUGGGGACUCAGUACUGGUACAAGCGAGGUCAACCACCAUGGAUAGGCUGUUUUUGCCAGCAGCUAGCGCAAGAAGCUUUCACAUUAAUCAAUAGGAUUGUGCAUCACACACACUGGGGGGUCUUAUCAGCAAAUAUAUUCUAUUGUAGAGUGUCACUCUUUCAUAGGCAAUACACUGGUACCAUAAAAGCAAAGAGAUUAAAAAAUUAUUCCACCAAGCCCUCUUAUACACUGACACUCAUCUUCCGUUUGCUAUUCUCCACACAGGCACCAUGCAUAUGAAAGACACAUACAUCUCCUUUGAAAUAAAAAUAAACAUUUAUUCUUAAAAUGAACUGUUGAGAAACUGCCUGACAAAUGUGGAGUUAUCGAAGAACCAAACAUUUGACUUUACACCAGUUAACAUUCAGUAUUACCCCUGCUGGUGAAUGAUUGUUUUCACUCAUUAAAAGUGGGAUAGCCUCAAAGGAAUAUAGCAAUGUGUUCCAUCACCCACAAGGGACCAGGCAGUUUUCCACAAUAUCUUUGUACAACAGGGGCCAAUGUUCCUGAGUGACUCUCAUCCAGGUGAACAGACCACAUCACUCCUGACACAUCUUCAUGUGUUUCUUCAUGCUAAGGAAUCUCAGUGUAUUACUGUUGUACACAAUGGUGCAAAUUAUUAAAUGAAAUCAUGGGCAUUAA